UUGUUCAAUUGCGUACGUGAAUAUAAUUAAGAAGCAAUCCUUCGUAUGCAAGAAGAUGGAACAUACGUAUCCAGAAGUUUUAAGUACGUGGGAACUUAUUACGAUGGAGAUGGACACUUUACGAUUGGAGUUAAAAUGGAAAAAGAAAGAAAAACAACUGUGUAGUGAAAGCCGAAUCAAAUUCUUAGAGUUAGAAAUAAGAACUUUACAGAAACAAAUUGAACGAGUGUCGGAUCGGGAAAGAAAUGCACAGAUAUGCUUAUCUAAAGAAGUAUUUAGUGAUGCCAGUACAGAAAUGAUAUGGCAUCAUAACACAAGGAAGAUGGCAGGUUUACAAUGUUUGUUAGAUCAAAGCGAGAAGAAGGCAGCUUUGACAAAGGACCUCCCAGUUUUAUCACUAAAUGAAGAAAAACAGACAAAAGAGCAUAUUGAGGAGAACAUUAAAGAUUUAAAGAAGAGACUAGAAAAAGAAUUGAAAGAGAUUCGUGUUUUUGAAUCUAUGCUAUCCAAAUUAAAUCAAAGCAUUUUUAACGAAGUCGAGAAUAAAAGUAGACCUUAUGAAUACAAGAAUGAAGAACCAUUAGACCAGUCAACCCAAAGUAUAAACGAGAGGGAAAAUAUUAGGAAAAGUUCAAAUGUUAAUGACACAGAAUUGGACAAUGAUGAAAAAGAGUUAAAUGUAGAAAAAUUGAAAAACAAAAAUCUGAGUGAAGUGGAUGGAAAUCUAGAAGAUAAUCAAAGCAAAUAUGAGAAUUUCAAUACGGCUGAUGAAAGCGCAAAAGUUAUUGACAACAAUGAAGAGGCACAUCAAGCAGAUGGAAGAAGCCAUAAAGACAAUGAUCCAGCAUUUCAGCUAUUACACAAUGAGGGAAUUAUAACUGAAAAGAAAAAUGAUAAUGACACAGAAAAUGUUUUCGCCCUAAAAGAAAAAUUUCAAAAUGAAUACGGAAUAAUCAUUGAAAGCAUGUCUCAAACGAAUUUGUCUUAUGACGUUGAAGUCUGGGAUUCAGAUGAACGGUUGAAAGUGGUAGAGAGUAAAGUUUUUCCUGAUGGUUUUAAGUUAGACACCGAUAUCUUCUACAUAAAAGAAUCUACUGCUGGAAAUUCUCAUGGGAAUGAAAAAAGAGUCGUGAAUGAUGUGUUGCUGAAAGUAUUGCGCCCGAUGGAAUAUAAUUCAUAUUACGAAUACAAAGGAGCAGUUAAAUUUGGAAACGCUUGGAGGCUUAUCGACUGCAUUUGUCAGGAUAUGUAUAUGGUUUUUAAAGUCAAGGAAGUUGAAUCAUUUUGUGUGUUAUCCUUUGUACGUCAAGAAAAAAGUACCGUUUUAUCAACCGGUAGUCAAUUCAUCAGUGAAAUAGACAACCGGAUACAAGUCACAUUUCCCCCUAAUGCUGUCAGUAAAGAAGAACAAUUGUCGUUCAAGAUACACCCAGUAAUUACCAACUUCAUAUUAGAGAGAAUAACCGAUUCACCAAAUGAAGAAGUAUAUGCAAUUACGUCUGGUCUAUCGACAGUGCAUAUGGAGUUUAAGAAGAUGUUCAAGGUUCAACUACCUCUCUUCAUCAUCUCCGAUUUAUGUCAUGAGCCUGAGUAUAUCAACUACAAAAUUUUAAAGUGGAAUGAUAAUGGAUUGUUUCAAGUAACAGAUAUACAGCCUGUUAUAAGCAACGGUUUAGUUUGCUUUGAAACCAAUUCGUUCAGUGGAUAUGGCUGUGUAGGAACAACAAGACCACAAAUCUCCUCAAGCUUAGAAUAUUUUGUUCCAGAGAUUUAUGGGUUCAGAAAAUGGUGCAAAAUUUUGUUUUUUGUUGUGUCAUCAAACGGAUAG